ACAUGAUGAAAAAUGUUUGUUCUAUUCUUCAUUGCUGCUACGUUCAGUGGUGCAAGGACUUCUGAAGUCUUCCAAGAUACUUCAACUGUUUGCUAUGCUGGAGUCAAAGUAUUCAACGACCCUCAUUUCACAGCUCCCACGCCGUCUGCUCAAGUCUACGUAAUUUCUCCCACUAAUGGCGAAAACAUGGUAUUUAGUGUGUCUGUAACCGACAAAAAUGGGUAUGUUUGCAUGCCUACCCCUUGUGAAGGAGAACGCAAGAUCGUAGCAGAGACUAAAGAUGAAAGAGCACUUGCUGUACCACAACAUAUGCAAAACAUACCUCAUCAUUUUCCAUACAAUGUGACUGAAAAUCGUGAUUUAAUCAUUGUUGAUAUUAGUCAAAUUCUGAACUCUAACGAAACUGGUCCGAUAUUUGACAACAAACAAAAUUGUUACAAUCAAAGAUUGCAAUAUUUUUCUUUCCAUUUUAAUGGUCUUUUAGGAAAACUUUCGACAAAUAUACUAGCGAGGAAAUAUGAUUUCAGGACUUCUUGGUAUCCAACAUUUGUCAAGCAGGCAUGCUUUAUCAAAGUGCAAAUACAGGCAAAUUUUACAUCAAUUGGAAUUAUCGGCAAAAGCUACAACAAGAAAACAGGGUUUUGGUUUGGUACAUUUAUUGCACCUAUAAAAGGAACCAUAAAAGACAGACAUGCAGCUUGUAUUGAAUUCAGAUGUCCGGUAUACGAUUCUUCUAAUAAAGAAAUCCCUACUGCAUUGUCUGCAGAGAUUCUCAAAGUACAGGGAAUAGGAUGCACUAUCAUGUCUGUUUCUGACGAAUUAAAGAGCAGCAACACCAUCAAUGCUACUGCCACUUCUUUCAGUGGUACAUUCUACCCAAGAAGUAGUUAUGGACCAAAGUCUGGAGUGUACAUAGACAAGAAAAAGAAUGCUGUCUACGGUUGUUACACUGGAAAAAAUGCAUUUGAAAGUGAUUACAAAAUGAAUCCAGAUGUUGGAAUUGCGAUGAAAUAUAAGUGCAACUAAUAAGAUAAUAUAUUGUGUCUUUCGUAAUGUUUUUAUCAUUAAAGAAAGAUGCAGUCACA